AUGGGAUCGGCACCAAGGUCAAGUGUUACUGGUACACAGCAGGGAAAUCAGGCAAAUGGCGUGAAUAUCACCACUGUUGACGAUGGGGGUACUAGUUCACCUGACAAACAUCAUGCUGUCAAAAGAAAGCCUCCAUCCACAACACCGCGUUCGUCGAAGAAGAAGAAACAGGGAGCUACAGCACAGACCGCACAGAAUGAAGCUGCCAUGCGUGCUAGGGAAGAGCGACGAGCAAUAGCGCGUGAGUAUAUGCAACUACAGAAACAUAGUCGCCGGAUUUGGAAUGCUAAAGCAAAGCAGCAAACUCAGUAUGAGCAAGAGAAACGACAGCACCAACUCGAGAUUUUAGAGGCCACUCGACUAAGGAAUUUACGCGCCUCUAAGAAGAAACCAAUGGAGCGCAAGAAAUACGAAUUGGAUGACCCA